GGACCCGACUGCACACUCCGACGCUAGAACUGGAAUUACCUACUACCUACCUACCUACAUACCAGCACCGGCCCCUCCAAGGUGCAGAGCAGCUACCAUCCAUCAGCUUCUGAACACCGCAUAAGUAACAUCCCACCAUUCUUCCAUUUGUUUGAAUUCCCACUUCAAGUUCCAUUCAGUAUCCCCUCAACUUCCAGGUUUCAUACGACCUUGGACAACCUUCAUUUGCAGUCACCCAGAACCUUGAUCCAGAUACCUCUCAAUUCAACCACCACUGGAUCAGACGCGAGGUCAUAGUUCCAUCGAGCCUGAAGAGUUCAGAUACCAUAUUUAUCAGAAGUUUAUCCCUGGAGUGUGUGCUCGCACAGCAACAGGGAGAUAGGAACUUGUCCAUGCGUGGAUUGCCUUGACCCUGGACGACCCCCUUUGUCUGCCCGCCGUCUAAGCAAAACAAUUCCCCGGGAUUUAUAUGCGUCAACAUCCCACUUUGCUGCGCGACCAUUGUCACACCUUUGGACUAGCGAGGGCCAUCCGCUUUACCACAAAACAAAGGCAACUCAACCACAACUUGGCCAAUAUUUCUCAUUUCUAGAAGCUUCGGCACACGGCUCGUCCUUUAAACCUCGCUUGCUUGCAUCAUCGGCUUGCAAAAUGACCGCCCCAGCCCCCACGAGGCCAAACCUACCAAACCUCAACCUGGACGAGUUGGAUCGGCUGUACAAUAAUGUGCUUGUUGAAACUGGUAAGAUCUUCAAAGUCCUGGCCAAGGAGGGUGGUAGCUCGGUUGCCGAGUUGCCUGUUGCGAAUACCAGCCGUAUCCAGUACAAUGUUGAGGAGUUCAAUGCCGCCCUAGAUGAGGUCGAGUCCGAGAUCCUGCAAGCCAAGGCCGCCAUCUUGAGGGAUCUGAACAAAGCACGGGAAAAGCGCAAUCCACCGCCGGUCCCGGUACCCGCGCCAAAACCGGCGUCUCUCCCGGCCCCGACAGCGCCCAUGGCUCCCAAGGCACCCAAGGCACCCAUGGCUCCAAUGGCCCCCAUGACAGUCGGUAUUCCGGCAGGUCCCAGCCCCCCUCAACCCCAGCCCGGGAAGCCGCCUCUUAACAAGUCGGUGGCUCCCAUCCCUGAUAUGGGACUCGACCUUACCGCGUCUCCCGUGGCCAAACACUCCCCGAGCCCGAAGCUGGUCAAGACCAAUCCCAAGAACUCGCCUCGGCCGGGUGCCGCACGCCCUGUUAGUGCACCUCCGAAAAAGGAUUCCAAGGCCCCGCCAGGGCAAGCCUCCCGACUAGCACAUGCGGCAAACGCAGCAUCACAGGCGCCCCGACCAGCAAGCGCAGCACCCCAAGCCCCCCAUCAAGUUCACAACACCAAGUCUGCGGUCCUUCAGGGUGGGAAUCUGGGAUCUGGCCCGACCGCGCCGCCUAAUCAAAUCAACACAUCGAACCCACCCCCGCAACAAGCGAUGCCAGGGCCACAACCACCUCAGACAACACAAGGGCAUCAAGGGGCUUUCCACGCUCCACCCUCCGCUACAGCCAAAGCGCCAGCGCCAGCGCCAGUACCAGGAGCCGAAGCUCUCUUCACGAACAUGACCUUUUCCCUAGCACCUGCCCCAGGAGAAGCACCGAAACAGAACCAUCAGCCGGCCGCCAACAUGACGAACGCCACGAACCCACCCGCUCCGAACGUGAGCCAUCAAGCACCGGCUCCUCCGAAUGCCAACAUCAACAACGCCACAGGCAAUGGAGCAGGAGGAGAGGACGCUAACAUGUCCAACGCCGAGAUCUUUGACCUGGGGUCAGGGAGCAUGGACAACAUGGAGGACAUCAACUACGACCUGGGCGGGGAGGGCGGCGACAACAGCAAUUUCAACGAUCUCUACUUCAGCAGCGGAGGCGACGAUACCACGCAGAACACCGAGUUUGAUGGCUCGAAUUUUUACAACUUUUAGGAGGGGAUUCAGGACACGGUCGAACAUUAAUUGAAGAAGCAUUGGAUAGGGAUCUGAGGAAAACCAUAUGGAGGCAGGGGUAGUAAGGUCGGGUUGAGAUGGUCAAGUUGAGAAGGUCGCUGGGAUCAGGACGACACUUGGACGGAGCAGUAUAUGGAAAGAGAAGAGAGGAAGAGGAGGGGACAAAGGAAUAUGGAUGGAUAGAUGGCGUUCUCAUGAUGAUUAUUUUUUAAUGGGUACAUAAGAUACGAUACCACUUGGGGCUUAUACGUAACUAUGGGGGGCGUCUUUAAAGCGACUUCGUCAUAUUUGAGGGCGACCGCUUUGCCGACGAGCGAUUGAUCUGAAGGGGGAAAAUGGGACGGCGACGGGACGUAAUACAAGUCGAUAAGGCGUAGAAUACAAAUACGAGCAAGGGAAGGAUAACGUGAUCGUAUCUUUGGACGAUAGUAGCGAAAUAGGAGAAUGAAAC